UUCUUCUUUUCCUUCUCAGUUCCAGUCUCCGAAUACAACCAAUUUCAACACGUUAUAUAUAUACUCAAGAGUAGUGAUCAGGAUGGGGGAGUGGGAUGAGCUCAUGUUGUCGUCGCCGUCGCGGCGGUGCGUGUGGGUGAACGGGCCGAUUAUCGUCGGCGCGGGGCCGUCGGGGCUGGCGGUGGCGGCCUGCCUGAAGGAGCAGGGCGUGCCGUUCGUCAUCCUGGAGAGGGCAGACUGCGUGGCCUCCCUCUGGCAGAACCGCACCUACGACCGCCUCAAGCUGCACCUGCCCAAGCAGUUCUGCCAGCUGCCGGGCCUCCCCUUCCCCGACCACUACCCCGACUACCCGACCAAGCAGCAGUUCGUCGAUUACGUAGUAUCUUACACCGUUUUUAAUGACAUCCACCCGCGCUUCAACCAGUCCGUGCAGUCUGCCCGCUUCGACCGCACCAGCGGCCUCUGGCGCGUGCGGGCCGCCGAGACCGGGACCCGCGGCGCCGAGGUCGAGUACAUCGGGCGGUGGCUCGUCGUCGCCACCGGCGAGAACGCGGAGCGCGUCGUGCCCGAGAUCGCGGGGCUCGACGCCGAAUUCGGCGGCCGCGUCGCGCACGUCGCCGACUACAAGUCCGGCGAGAAGUACGCGGGGAAGCGCGUGCUCGUCGUCGGCUGCGGCAACUCCGGCAUGGAGGUCUGCCUCGACCUCUGCGACCACAACGCAUUCCCCGCGAUGGUCGUCCGCGACUCCGUUCACGUGCUCCCGAGAGAAGUGCUCGGCAAAUCGACGUUCGAAAUGGCGGUAUUCCUCCUGAAAUGGCUGCCACUGUGGCUCGUCGACAAGAUUCUGCUUCUCCUGGCGUGGCUGGUGCUCGGAAACGUCGAGAAAUUCGGAUUGAAGAGGCCCUCUGCCGGCCCUCUCGAGCUCAAGAACACGCAGGGGAGGACGCCGGUGCUCGACACCGGCGCGCUGGGCAAGAUUCGAUCCGGCAAGAUAAAGGUGGUGCCCGCGAUCAAGAGGUUCUCGCCCGGGAAGGCAGAGUUCGUCGACGGGCGGGAGCUCGAAAUCGACUCCGUCAUCUUCGCCACCGGAUACCGGAGCAAUGUCCCCCAGUGGCUCCAGGAGAGUGAGUUGUUUGGCAAGGAUGGAUUUCCGAAAAUGCCCUUCCCAAAUGGGUGGAAGGGGAAAUCAGGGCUGUAUGCAGUAGGGUUCACAAGAAGAGGGCUGUCUGGAGCCUCCUCAGAUGCUGUGAGAAUAGCAAAGGAUAUUGGCAGAGUGUGGAAAGAGGAGACCAGGCAAACAAAGAGGCUCGUGGCUUGCCACAGGAGAUGCAUCUCGCAGAUCUAAAAAAUACGGUAGGGAUGCAAACGGAUCCGGAUAGGCCGAGCCGUAAGUAGAGGCCAAAACAGAAAUAAGAUAAUAUGUCCCGAAUCCGCCUCGAUCUGCUAAAAAUAUGAAGAAAUGGAACCGAUGCUUUUUGAUUUCCAUAUUUUUGUAUCUUUUUUUUUCUGUUUUUUUGUGGGGUUAAUUUUACUGGUUGGUUUUGUUGUGGGUGGGACUGAAUUUUAGAGUAGUCUAAGGGAGCCCUCUCUCAAUGGAGCCCAAGUUUUGAAGCAAGUAUGGGCAUAUGAUGUACAGAGAACAGUUGAUGAUGAUGAGGCUCUUUUCUACUUUUGGCA